AAUACGAUAGCCAAUCAGAUAGGGCUAACCAUGUCUCAAAUACCGCUGGAUUUCGUUUUUCCCCUUUCAAAGUCGAGGGAAGACGAAACUCACCCAGCAACUUUCCUACCGUUAGCCGAAGCGCCAGUCCGGCCAGAAUUUGAACAGAAAGAACGAGAACCCGCCUCCGCGAGCCAAGGGUCGCGGGAGGACGCCGAAAUCCGGACCGGUGAAGUGCCCGUUCUCCGCGCCUUGAGCUCUUUCGGGAGCCUGCAGCCCAUGAAUGCCCAACGACUUGGAAGUAAUGUCAACUAAACGUUGUGACUCGGGCCGCCACCUGGACUCACGGCUUGUCUGUUGCUGGCAGUCCGGGCCAGGGGUUCCAGACCUCUCAGCCCUCGAUCCAGUCUCACCCUCUUUGCCAUGGAGCUCGGUUCAGCAGCGAUCCACGAUGUCACCCACCCCACGGCUGCCUUCUCGCAAGGGUCAUCAUUGUCCAAACGCAUGACCACGGCAGCCCCUGAUGUCUCGUGGGAUGAAUCUCAACUCAACCCAAAGAACCGCAUUGACAGCCUCGAUUUCCCCGUGAAACCCCUCUGGAGGAUUGACGGCGGCACGGGCCUGGGCACCCAGUUCUUUGUCGUGCCGCUUUUCCUCCCUUUCCCUCCGCCCAUGCGCUUCGAUGUGUUCAUCCCUGACGAGGCCGUCGCGUCGCGCGUUCUCCGCCAGCUGCUGGAUCUGAAUGUCGCCUUCCACACCAAGGAUGCCCCAAGACUCCGUCGGCUUGGCAUUUCCAGGCACAUUGUACGCGCGCUGCAGGCCUGGGUCACGACCAUGGGCCAUGAUGCGUAUUCGACAUUGUUAAAUGCAUUGCCAUUUGGCUCGCGCAUCAUAUUCGACACUCUCUCCAUGGAUAUACGGAAGACAAGGAUCUCAGUCGUGCCAACGUACUAUUUGGAAAGGGAGUUGCUCGGGUUGGCAAGAUUGGAUGAGGCCCUGGCGCUUUCUCCUGGACUUCUUCCUGAGGCCAUCGAUAUUUCGCGCCUAAGCAUUGUCCAGGAGAUGUAUGACAGCGUCUGUCUUGUGCGCAUGCGCGACCACAGAGGAGAGGACGGCACAGACAAGCUGUGGAUUCUCAAAGCCCUGUCCAGUAGCACUAAAUACCUGUUCGUGGAGCUGCGGAAUCUGCUGCAGAUGCAGCCGCAUCCUAACAUCAUCUCGAGACCGGAAUACCUCGUCACCAAGCGCUGCCUGUUCGGCGGGAAGACGGCAGUAAUCGGCUUCCUCCUUCCUUUUCACAGGAACGGCAGUGUCCGAGAUACUCUGCCACUUCUGCGGGUUCACGGUCGCCUUGCCCUGAGAGAGCAGGUGAAAUGGGCCAUACAACUCACCUCGGCCGUUUUGCACAUCGCCGAGCGCUGCCGCAUGUUCUACCCCGACCUACGGCUGGACAAUAUCCUCCUAUCAGCAUCCCAUGACAUUGUCAUGGUCGAUUUUGAGCAGCGCGGGGUGUGGUGCGAGUUUGCCGCCCCGGAGGUCAAUGCCAUCGAGUACGUACGUAUCCUGGCCAGCGACGACUUGGACGAAGCGAAUUGCACCAUUCCCGAAGAGACUCGUUUCCAUUUCGCCGCCCUCCUCAGCCGGCUCCUUCCUGGUUGGGAUGUCCUCCAGACGUGUGAGGGUUAUUCUUCCCCUCGGCCGCAUGGAUAUGCCAAUUACAACAUUGCCUGGCUUGCUCUGGACGAAACGGAGCAGGAGGCUGCCAUGGUCUAUAUGCUCGGACGAGUACUGUGGUGCAUCUUUGAGGGCCAGAGCGCACCACACAAAGCUGCCGUUUGGCAAUCGUAUCGCUACGAGCCGGACAUCGAGUUCCCGGACUUCCGGGUGACGCCGUGCGGGCUGAGGGAUCUUAUCGAUCGCUGUACAAGAGGCAGGCGUGACGUGCUGUCGAACCUGAUUAUAAGACGGGGUAGUAAGCUCGUCGUACGCGACAAGGACAGUUGUACCGCCGAGGAGGUGCUUCGUAUUGCUCGGGAGUGGUGGCAAAACGAAGUUGAAGUCGCCGAAGAGUUCCUCAGAUUGAGGGAGGAACGCAAGGCUGCCGGGCAAUGGGAUGGGAAUCAUUUCAAGCGACCUAGGUUGAAAGACGUCUUGGUUGAGCUGGAGCGGUUCCGAGACUUGAGCUGACCUAGGUGGGUGCUGCGCUGCCUCCCCUGGGAAGGCUCAGAUCGGGGCAGCCGAGACGCAUUGUGAAGACCAAAGUUCUUUCAGCCGGGAUAAGCCAGCCAUGUGCCACCGCCGACGAAAUCAAGAAAGAGCUCUCAAUGCAGCGGAUCUAGAUCCACAGAGUAAUUGGGAAUUAUGACAAUCUUUGCCUGGGCAGGGCAUGGGUACCAGGUUCAUAUAUACAACAUAGAGAAGGUGACGAGGCCGAAGAUAUUGGCGGAUCAAAACAUUUCUUGAGGCGAAAUUCAUGUAUCAUACUGCAUCAUACCUCCUUUAGCGUUUCCCUAACCGCGAUGGCACGG